AUGAUGGCCCAAUUUAUGAUGGAUCUGAAAACAGAACCUCGUCUUAGCCCAUCGCUCUACUCUCCGGCCUCGCCAAAAAUGGCCGACAGUCCCAGCUGUCGCCCGCAAUCGACCGAUUCGGGGGUGCUGGACCUUUCGAAGCGCCGCGAUUCCCUGGAAACAACCCGCAAAACUCCCUCGCCAUCGUAUCACUGCUUCAGUGACGCCGGUGGCACUCCGCCGCCCAGCAACCACAGUUCCCCGCAGUGCGAGGCCGGUUCAACCCCCGAGGGCUCCAUCCUCCUGAACUACAGCGAGCUGAUCCGGGGUCGUCGCUUAUCGCCCACGAAGUCUCUGCUCCACUUCGAAGAUAUUCACCAGCAGCACCAUCGUCACCACCAUCAUCCGCUUGCGGCACAACCACCGACACCGGUUAUGGCUCCCAACCUGUCCCCUGCCUUCCACCAUGCCCUGGCGCUGGCCCAGAAACCGCCCACCGAAAGCCUCCUGCAGCAGCACCUUCUCCAGCGAGGCCCUGCUCUGCCAUCGUAUCUACUUUCCGGAACCGCACUCCAGACCCAUCACCACCAGACCCAUUAUCAUGGCCAUCAGCAGCAUCAGCAGUUUGGCGGUCCCCCGCCGCAGCAGCAGACGGCGGCGGUGGUGCAUCCGUCGGUGACUCCUCUUUCGCCCAGCCCGAUUCGCGUGCGCGAGAUGGACGCCAUUUCCGAGUCCGGUUCCGAGGGGACGGCUCUCGUCAGCUCGAGCGAGCGGAAGUCGAACAAGGACGAGGCACCCAAGGGCGGCGAUGGGGCGCAGCGAGGCCCGAACCAGUACCCGAUGGUGGUCGGUCGCGAUGGCAAACUUUCGCGCCCCUUCAAGGCGUACCCGCGGGACCCACUGAGCCUUGCCGCCGGGUUCGUGGCCAGUGACACCAUUCUCGAUACGAACUCGGCCGAAAAGUACAACCUGUUCCGGAAGCGCAUGCUCGAGCAGAUCCAUGCCGCCAACGGGGGCCAACCGACGGUUUCGAACCCGAAAAUGCGCCGCCUAGCGCUGCCGGGAUCCGACGACGACAGCAUUGACAGCAGCCAUCACAGUGACGAUGACGUCACGCGUAGCACUGCGUCGUCUGUGGCAGGAAAUGCGCCGACUUCUGUUGCCGUUGUUGGUACGGCCAACACGGCCACCACCACCUGUUCGGGCGCCAUUCCUCCUCUCGUCGAGUCUGAUGGUACUACCGGCUCUGGCAAGGACUCCGCUUACUACGAGCGGCGCAAGAAGAACAAUGCAGCGGCGAAGAAGUCGCGCGAUCGGCGGCGCAUCAAGGAGGACGAAAUUGCGAUCCGCGCGGCGUUCCUGGAGCGCGAAAACAUCGAGCUCAAGUUCGAGCUGGCCGCGGCCCGCAAACAGUUGGCACUGUACGGUGUCACGGCCUCGGUGGCAUCGUAG